AUCUGCAUCGAUCCAAACGAUGAGAUGAAGGCGGGUCUGCUGGCCCAGGCGGAGUCUGGAGACGGUGUGCUGACGACAGGCAUGUGGCAGCACUUGGCUCUCACGUACACACAGCAGCCUGAGGGCAGGAAGAACGUCCACGGUCAGCUGACCCUCUGGGUGAGCGGCAUUCGGAAGUGUGACGUCUCGCUAGACUUCACUCUGCCCAGGAAGUCCAGUUUGUCAUCAGACAGUAAUAAGACCUACUGUAUGCUUGGACACUAUCAGCACUCCUCAGAGGAGCAGGCCAGCCCAAGUGCACGCUGGGAUAUGGGCACACUGCUGCUCUUUAAUGGGUAG